AUGUCUCUCGUCCUCGGGGCUUGGAGCUUUACGGACGGCCUUGGACCUACUGAGUCAUUAAUUCAGAUGGAUACGGUGGAAGCUUUCUAUUACCUUUCAUUCAAUCUACCAGCGUUGAUCAGCCGCAUGACGGACCUCGCUGCUCACACGUCUGCCUAUUAUACCGAAUACUCUGAAGCCUUUCACCGACAGAAAUCUCUCAGGCUGCGAUAUCCUACGAACCACUCCGUGCGACCCGUGCAACCCAACGAGGUCGUGUGGAUCGACCAGAGACGAAAUACCUCCAAAUUCGACAAAAGUAUCGCGAAGGCAAAGGGCUUAAUGGACUCAACUCAAUGCUCUGGUCGCAAGCGACGCGCGGAAGAAGACCUACCUAUCGGCCGGAAUGAGCCCUUCGCUCCAGUGAACAACGACACAAGGUCAUCAUCGAGUAUGACAGCCAUACACAAAAGGUGCUUGAAGAGCUCGUCCGGGGUAUUGGCGUUUUCAGGAGUAAUAUACGACGAGCGAAAAUGUCGAUGGCACAGACGCGCUUUCUUCCAAAGACAAUGGACAAAACACUCUUCAGUCAUUGACCUUGCUAAUAAGCAAUUGGAACUAGCUCAUGAGCUUUGUGAAACAGCAGCAUAUCAGGCACUGCGAACAGGCGACUGUGCUUCGGAAAUCGACAGUGCGUUGAAAAUCUCGAAAAGCUUCUGA